AUGUGGUUCAGUUUAGUAUUAAUAAUUCAUUGUAUUUUGACUACAACUGGUCAAUAUGAAAAUAUUCUUGAUUAUGAAUGUGAAACAAACAUGAAUUGUACUAAUCGUUUGGCUAAUUCAAUAUGUUCUAAUAAGAAAUGUAUAUGCCAAUUGGGAUAUAAAUUAGAUGGAUGUGUAAUAGAAAGAAAUGAAUUACGUUAUCGUCGACAAAUUAAUUAUGGUAUGAGAAUGUUGGGUGAAGAAUGUGACUGGAGUAAUCAAUGUCGUCAAAUGCCGAUUGACAACACAAAAGUAUGUUUAGCUCAUAAGUGUCAAUGUUCACGUGGUUAUAUACCUAUUGAUGCUUAUCGAUGUAUACGAGAUUUUGUAUUAUUACCGUUAAAUAUACGAGUUACAAAGUCAUAUCAAAAUACACCAUCUGGAUAUGGUUCAAUGUGUUCAACAAAUAUUGAUUGUCAACAGAUUAGUUUUCAUCUCGAAUGUAUUCAAGGAGUAUGUGUAUGUUUAGAAGGUUAUGUACCUUUAGGAACAUAUUUAUGUUACAAUACUCGUCGACAAGGCAUAUCGACUAUAGGAACUUCAACUGGAAUACCGACUCUAUUUAGUACAACAUCAAUACAGCAUCUAACAAAUAAUGAAGUGAUUAAAUCAUUAGGAAAAAUUGGUAAUACUUGUAUAAAUGAUUAUUUUUGUCGACGAACUGUAUCUUACUCUCACUGUUAUAAUGGAAAAUGUGCAUGUGUCGAUGGUUAUAUACCAAUUGAUCAAUAUACUUGUAUGAUAGAUAUGAAUAGAGAUACAACAAUAAAAUCGACACCAAUACCAGUUGAUUAUAAAAGUCUAUUAGGAGGAAAAUGUUUAACCAAACGUAAUUGUCAUACGCCAAAUGCAAUUUGUUUAUAUUCUAUUUGUGCAUGCCCAAAAGGAUAUUUUCCUGUGGAUGAUUGGACAUGUUUAGAAGAAUCGGAAUCAUCUAAUGAAGAACUAAUUGAAACAACAUCUAUCAUAACAACAACAACAACAACAGUAUCAACAACUACAACAACAACAUUCUUGACAACAACUGUAUUUCGUUGGUGGCCAUGGUCACCAACACCAACAAUUCGUUCAACAUAUCCGAAUAUGCAAAAUACAUUUCGUGCUCGUUGUUUACUUAAUCGGCAAUGUGCUAGUAUGGAUAAAAAUUCUCAUUGUACAGUUUUUGGACGAUGUGUAUGUAAUCGAGGAUAUAAAUUGAAAACAACAAAUCGAGGACAAUACUGUAUGCCGCGAAUAAUAAAUGAAGAUGAUUGUGACUAG